AUGGCGAGCACCAACAUGGCGUCGGCCACCUCGCGGUUCAUGCUGGCAGCGGGCGUGCCCACCGCCGGCAGCGGCAGCGGCAUCAGCGGCCGCGUCAGCUUCGCGUCGGCGCCCAACCGGCUGGGCGGGAGGCUCGUGGUCCGGGCCGACCCGGAGGCCCCGGCUGAGCCGGCGGAAGGGGAGGGCGCCGUGGCCACCAAGCCCAAGGCCGAGAAGCCGCCGCCGAUCGGGCCCAAGAGGGGCGCCAAGGUGAAGAUCCUGAGGAGGGAGUCCUACUGGUACAACGGGAUCGGCACCGUCGUCACCGUCGAUCAGGACCCCAACACCCGCUACCCGGUGGUGGUGCGGUUCAACAAGGUGAACUACGCCGGCGUGUCCACCAACAACUACGCCUUGGACGAGAUCCAGGAGGUGAAAUGA